CCAGUCGAAGAAGGAGACAAGAUCAAGAAGAAGGAAAUCGGCCUCGAGGCCGACAUUCGUCAGCUCUAUCGCGAGGACUUCACAAAGCCCUGGACACAAUGGAAGGGAGACGCCGAGAAUGACAAAGCUAAUCAUCCAAAGAACUCGAAAUACGCGCUUGUGGUUCGUCGUCAGAUGAGCACCGAGUCUGACGACGGUCUUCAACUUCACUCUGUCACGGUCCAAAGCCCGAUUCUGCGGAAGCUUCUUGACCAUGUCUUCGAAGGCUCGCGCGAGGUCUGCACCACGAUGAAGGACCUCACCUUUAAGCACCCGUUCCAUGAGUUCCUUCAUCGCUGGGACAGAUACCUUGCUUGCGUGGACGGACUCGAAGGAGGUCUCGAGAAGCAGCACUUCGAGCUGCUUCAUCAUAUCCUUGAGCCAGUUGUAGCGCCCCUUGUCCAACAGAAGCGAGACAUCUUGAAGCAGAAUAGAGUCGACUUCAAGCGACUCUGGAUGAUUUUCGAACCCGAUUGCGAGAUCACUACCCCGGAAGACGGCCGCCUGUUCACAAAUCAAGACACGAAGUACGAACUGAUCCCUGGCGGCGAGGCUCUUCUUCUUACAAGCAAAUGUGUCAACUACAACGGCAGGUUCUUCGGCUACCAGGCCGUGACGCUGGGAAUAGAUAGCUUCGAGGGCUUCGGGACAAUUGAUGAGCUCGAAGUUGUCCCUGUUGCGCUUCAUCCGCGUCGCGAUGCCCUGAUAGAAGAAGCAAUCGCGCGAGGCAGAAGAUUUGCAGACUUGUCAGGAUGGCAGUACAAGUCCUACACGGGCAUCGUCACCGUCAUUGAGCAGCAAAAGCGGCCUCGCAUGGUUACAAACGGCCGCAUUGUCAUCGAUCCGGACCUUUAUGGGACCAAAAAUGGACAAGAAACGCUGGAGCCGCUCUACAAGGCUACCACUACUGCUGACAAGCCAACCAAGGCACCCUCCAAUCGCUACGAUCCAUUCAGCUUCGACUCGUCUUACACAGGUAGAUCGACGCCAACCAUCAUUAACAAAGGCGCCGAGAAAUCGCAUGCAGCAGAACUCAAGGAUCACCAUUAUAGACUCUGUACGAACAUUGUCAAGGGGUAUUGUCUCACAUCCAAGCAGUGGGCCAAGUUUGAGGUAGACGGCGUUGGCGAGAUCAAUUUCAGCAAAGCAGCGUUCAAGCGGCUCUUCCUUCCGCAUGAUUACAAAGAGCUGAUCCUCGCCUUUGUCGACAGCCAUCUGAAUCGAGGAGACGAUUUCGACGACAUUGUUGAGGGCAAAGGCAAGGGCAUGGUCAUCCUGCUGCAUGGCGCUCCAGGUCUUGGCAAGACACUCACAGCUGAAGCUGUGGCUGAAGAGAUGCAGGUGCCGUUAUAUGCCAUGAGUGCUGGUCAGCUUGGCUUUGAUGCUGAGACCAUCGAGUACAAUCUGCAGGACGUUCUCGAUAUCUGCGCCAAGUGGGGAGCUGUCCUACUUCUUGACGAAGCAGAUGUAUUUCUCGAACAGCGGCAAAUCACUGAUAUUCACCGGAAUCGCCUUGUCUCGAUCUUCCUCCGCAUGCUGGAGUACUAUCAAGGUUGUAUGUUUCUCACCACCAAUCGCGUAGAGACAUUCGAUCUCGCCUUCCGCAGCCGCAUCAAUCUUGCUAUCGAUUAUCCCAAGCUUGAUUUCCAGACACGGCGCCAUAUCUGGCGUACCUUCGUGCGACCUUCAGAGGACUUUCCGAAUAAUCAUAGCGCGAUUACCGAAGACCAGCUUUUCGACCUUGCCGAGCUCGAUCUCAACGGAAGAGAGGUCAAGAAUUUGGUCAAGACUGGUAGGCUGCUGGCGAAGCGCAAGGGUGAGCAGCUUGGAAUC